AUGAAGUACAAAAAUAAAAAUAUGGCUACUUAUUGGAAAUCUCAAGAACGUAAAUUUUGUGAAUUUUGCAAAUGCUGGUUUGCUGAUAAUAAAGUUUCAAUUUCGUUUCAUGAAAAUGGCAAACGUCAUAAAGAAAAUGUUAAAAAACACAUAUCACAACUCAGUAAGAGAAGUGCAAAAGAAUUUAAGCAAAAGGAAAAGAUGGAUGAUGAAAUCAAGAAAAUGGAGGCUGCUGGAAUGAGUGCUUAUUUGAAAGAUGUUCAAAAUAAUGCUGACCUCACUUCACAAAGUAUUAAUGAAAUGUUAGGGCAAGAUGGCAAGAGUUGCAAAGAUAUUGUUAUAGCAAGCAGUAUAAGUACUAAGGAUAAAGUAGCCUGGAAAGAAAUAAAAAAUGAUGAUGGAAGUUCCUAUUUCUGGAAUAUUCAGACUAAUGAGACAACAUGGGAUCCCCCAGAUAAUUAUGUCUCAUUAGCGGAACAAGAAAAGAACAAAAUUAAUGAAAAAGAAGAGCAGAAAAAGGAAAAAAAACUAAAGAAGCAAAAACAAAAAGAGGCCAAAAUGGAGGCAAAGGCUCAUCUAGCAAGGGAAAGCAUGAGAGAGUUAGCAGUAGAUAAAAUCAAGUCACCACCAAAAAUUAAUGUGCCUUUUGGACCUGAGCCUUGUAGUAAACCUUAUGGGUCUUGGAAGCCAGUUGAAAAAGAACCAGAAAAAGCAAUUGAUUUACAAUUACCAAAAUGUUAUAAAGAAGUAAUACCUCCUCCAGUUAUUGUGGAACCAGAGAUUACGGAGUUUAAGGAGCGGCGUGUUGAAUCACUAGGUGAAGGGCCCGUCGAGUUCAAAAAGCGAAAACUAAAUCAUUCAAAACGAAAUAUACGACAAAAAGUAGAUGAUGAU